AUGCAGUCGUCCUCCACCUCGGCGCUCCUCGUGCCCCCGCCAGAGCCAAAGAUCGAGCAGCUUCAAGGCGUCUGGUUCCAGCGAAAGGGCGAUCCAACCUGCCACAAGGCAUCCCUCCGCCUCACUUCGCACCAUCUCAUCUUCCAACUUGGCACAGCAUCGGCUUCAGAUCAAUCGGCGCGCAUCCACUCCCUUCCGCUCUCCCUCAUCCUCAAAGCAACCCGCAUCCCCUCGCUACGCAUCUCCACCCAAGCAUCGCAACCUUCCCAGCGCAUCUAUCCCAUCACCCUCUUCCUCAAGAACUUUGACUCGGCCGCGCUCGCCCUCCACUCUGAACACGACCAGCUCGCCGUCUUUGACAGCCUCAAGGAGUGUGCCAUCCUCACCGACGUCUCGCAGCUCUACGCAUUCCACUAUCAGCCUUCCUCCUCGCCGACCCAGCCUCGGCGCAUCUACGAUCCCAAGCAAGAGUUCGCACGUCAGGGCCUCGGCUCGCGCUCCAAAGCCUGGCGCUUCACCGACAUCAACGCACAGUAUGCCUUCUGUGCCACCUACCCCGCCCUCAUGGCCGUGCCUUCGCGCAUCAGCGAUACCACCCUGAGCUAUGCAGCAAAGUACCGCAGCAAGGCACGCGUGCCUGCCCUCACCUACCUCCAUUGGGCAAACCACGCCUCCAUCACCCGCUCCAGUCAGCCCAUGGUCGGCCUGAAAAACGCUCGCUCCAUCCAAGACGAGAAACUCAUCGAGGCCAUCUUCACAUCCCACCACUUUGCCGAUCCAGAGUCCAUCACAGCCAAAGCCGCCGCAGACGCCUCCAGCGGCGCCGCCUCUGCUGCCGCCGGUGCACCCGCCGUCGCAACCGUCUACGGCGCCACCACAACCAACCUCAUCAUCGACGCUCGCCCCACCACCAAUGCCAUGGCCAACGUCGCCAAAGGCGCCGGCACAGAAAACAUGGAGUACUACAAGGGCUGCAAAAAGUCCUACCUCGGCAUCGAAAACAUCCACGUCAUGCGCGACAGCCUCAACAAGCUUACAGAUGCGCUGCGCGAGUCCGAACCCAUCGCCACCUUUGGCAUGCGCGUAGAGGCCCUCGGCGACGCCUCGGCCGCAGACGCCGUCUCGGACGGCUCCGGCUCCGUCCUCCGUCUCAACCCUACCCCCGUCGACCCACUCGCAUUGCGCAGGUCCAUGUGGCUCAAGCACAUCCAGUCGCUCAUGGAAGGCUCCAUGUCCAUCGUCCGCAACGUGCACAUCAACAGCUCCCACGUCCUCAUCCACUGCUCCGACGGCUGGGAUCGCACCUCCCAGCUCGCCGCCAUCGCACAGAUCUGCCUCGACCCCUACUUUCGCACCUUCGACGGCCUCGCCGUGCUCAUCGAAAAGGACUGGCUCAGCUUCGGUCACAAGUUCACCGACAGAGGUGGUCUCAAGGGCUCCGACCGCUACUUUACCGUCGCCUCCAAGCAGACCUACGCCAACUCAAACGAUGCCGACGCAGACGACGACGAUACCGACUCUGAGCUCGACAAGCCUGCCAAUGCCUCGACCGGCGGCGGCGGUUUCGACGGCCAAGCGGCUGCCAACGCCUUCUGGGGCUUUACCAAACAGCUCACCGCCAACUUUUCCGCCGCCACAUCCAGCGCUGCCUCGGGGCCCAAGAAGGGCUCCAACAUCAAGGAGACCUCUCCCGUCUUUCACCAGUUCCUCGACUGCAUGUGGCAGAUCAUGCGCCAGUUCCCUGAUCGCUUCGAAUAUGCAUCCAGCUACCUCGUCGAGCUUCUCCAAGCGGUGCAGGAGUGCAAGUACGGCACCUUCCUCAUGGACUGCGAACGCGAACGUCUCUCACCGCGCGACGACGAGGGUAGAGUGCUACCGACGCUCCCUUCCCGUACUAUCAGCGCGUGGACGUAUCUGCUGAGCGACAAGGUCAAGUCCAAACAUCGCAAUCCACACUAUCAGCCCGAGCUCGACGAUCGCGAUCCCAAGCGCAAGGGCACCGAUAUGGGCGUCCUCAUCGCAGACUCGCGCGACGUGCGCUAUUUCGAGCAGCUCUUCCGCCGCGCCAAUGGCGACAUGAAUGCCGCGCUCGAAAAGGAAGCCGAAGAAAGGCGUCGCGCGAGGGAGAGGCUGGAGCGUGCAGUUCGAGGCACCGAUGCUGCCACCCCUCCCCCUCCCGAGACUGCCAACGCUCAAGGCAGCGAUGCAGGCACUGCCGCCGAGCCAGUUCCAGUGCCAGUGCCAGGCGCCGGCGAAUUAGAAAAGGCGGACGCGACCAUCGCAGUUGUUGGCGCAGGUGACCCUGAUCCUGUCUUGGACCCUUUAGCGUCCGCCGCUGGCGUGGCAGCAGGAGCUGUCGAUCUGCCAAGCAACGCUCCGCUCGAUCAUAGUCGUCUUUCGUACCAAGCUCGUCAACCACGGGUCCGAGCGCAGCCAGGUACAGCAGCGACAUCAUCGUCAUCAUCAAGUUCGAGUGCCUCCGCAAAUGCGGGGCCCUUGGACUCCUCCGCGGCGACGGCGGCGAAUGUUUCAAGCGCGGCGGAUGCAGCGGCCAACCGCAUGAAGAACCUUUUGAUCGGCGGAUGGGGCCGACUGCAAGAAGCCAUGGCGACACCUGCCAUAGCCCCAUCCGAAUCCACACCGGCGCCGUACCAGGCUACCAGCCAGAGCGAGGGAGGCUACUCGGCAACACCAGGCAGCGUGCAGCCGGCAGCUGGUAGAUACGCGGCUCCGACGCCUUCAGCGCAAAGUUUCAACGCCGACCCGUUGCAGCAACCUUACAAGCAAAGCAUGUCGGGCUCGGCCGCGCAUACGGUGCACAACCCUUGGGCGGCAGCGACGAGCGUGCGUGCCGAGAUGCAGCGCGAGCACGUUGCGAUGCGCUCCAACUAUGGCGGUGCUGGAGCGCAGGGCCUAGGUGCACCCCGCCGCAGCCAAGGUGCGGGAGCUAACCAGCCGGGCAGGCACGACCAGGCUCCCAACGGCCGUGAUGGCGUCCAGGAGCAAAGCGGAUCCGAGUCCAAGACGGACGUCAAGGCGAGCGCAGGCAUCACCUCGGACCCUCUCGGCGUGCUUUGA